GAGCAGAUUUGGCUUCCUGUUAUUGUCUGAUCCAAAGAAGCAAGUCAAAAUGUCCACCAAAAUCCCAAUAGAAGGGGACUCUGUCCUAGAAGAUUUCUACCAUAGCACUAGUGUAAUGUCUGCUCAUAUUGACAUCAGAAUGAAUUUCCUGAGGAAGGUGUUUGGUAUAUUGUCUGCACAGCUUUUGAUGACUGCUGUGGUGUCAGGAAUCUUCAUGUACUUUGAAGGAGUCAAGAAUUACAUACAAGAAAGUCCUGGUAUGCUGAUGAUUGCCUUUGUAUUGUCUUUCAUCUUCUUGGUUGCACUCAUGGUGAAGAGCAGGGAGUACCCAGCAAAUAUGAUUCUGCUUGCUUGCUUUACUCUGGUAGAAGCAUAUUCAGUAGGUACCGUUGUGACCUUCUAUGACAAGUCUGUAGUGAUUGAAGCUCUCUUCUUGACAUUAGCUGUAUCAUUCAGUCUGUUGGUCUUUACUGUUCAGAGCAGGAAAGACUUUAGUACAUGGGGUGCGGGUUUGUAUGCAGGUUUGAUGAUUUUGAUUGUUGGUGGUCUCCUUCAACUCUUUAUUCCUCAUUCUGACAUGCUGGAGCUAGUCAUUGCCAUCGGUGGUGCUAUCAUCUUCAGUCUCUUCCUCAUCUACGACAUUCAUCUUAUUAUGCAUAAGCUCUCACCAGAGGAAUACAUUAUGGCUUCUAUCAACCUUUACUUAGACCUUAUCAACCUGUUUCUUUAUAUCCUUCGCAUUCUCAACCAAGCCAACAAGAAGUGAACAUUUAAAGACUGCAUUUAUCUCUCGUAGAAUUCACAAUCAUUGCAUAAUGAACCAAACAAUGAGUAUAAUCACAGCUUUCAUUAUGGUUUAUUCACUUAUAAUACACUAUCUUAAUUUAUUUCCAGAAGCAAUAUCUCUUACUUAGAUAUUAUACUAGGAGUUUAUGAAGAACUGUAUAUUACAUGUACAAGGACAUUAAGGAAAACAAAUGGGUAUAACAUCUGAGUGAAAUAUUUAAGCCAGUUUACCGAUUACACAUAUAAAAAUUCCCAAAGCAGAACAUAAUCUUUCAUUAAAGGGAUGCUCCGGGCUGUAAAUAUUUAUAUAUAAAUAAAUAGAGUAAAAUUCACAGAGCAAAAUGCUGAAAAUUUUAUAAAAAUCUGUUAAAUCAAAUAGCGAAGUUAUUGAAUUUCUAAAGUUACAGGUGUAAGCAAUAUUUUGUGAAAACAGUCAUGUGCACAUUGUCAUGAAUAUUCAUUAUGUGGGUUGAUGAUGUCACAUCCCCACUUUUCUUUUUCUAAUGUUAUUACAUGAAAUCAUAAUUGUUUCAUUAUUUUAUACAUGUGUGAAUGAUAUGUCUCCCUUAUAAUGAAAUAAGUUGCAGCAAUGAAUAACUAAUGCACUUAAACAGUUUUCAAUCCAAUUUUUUAAAGUUUUUGAAGGUAAAAAUUUGAAUAAACCUAAUUUCAUAUAAUAACAUAAAAGAACAAGUGGGGAUAUGACAUCAAUUUGCCCAUUGAAUAUUCAGGAAGACCAGCCUAGAACUAUUUCACCAAAAUAAUGCAAAACUUUAAAAUGUCAUAACUGUUUUUGUUUUUUGAUUUUGAUCUGAUUUUUCUUUAUCUGUUCAAAUUAUAUUCUCAGCCUGGAGUAUCCCUUUAAAUUUAGAGUGAAUAGUAACUUUUUGUCAGUAUGGAUCACUUUUCGUGAUAGAAUUUCCACAAUUCAAAAUAUGACAACCUACAUGUAAUAUUUUAAGAUAUUUCAUAAAUUUAAGCAAUGAGAAAUCCAACCAUAGCAAUAUAAAAAUCAAAUACGGUUAAUAAAAAGAUAUUUUGUAUAUCUAAAAAAAAAUAUAUGUAUAUACUAUAUAUGUUGAAUUUGUUGUCGUGCACAUGGAAAGAAAUGUUAUUUAAUUGUUCAUCUUCCAUUUCUUAUUUCAUUCAGUAGAACUAUGGGAUACUUCCUUAUUACAAUUCUCAUUACUUUAUAGUUUUCUUAUGAAAUGAAAUUAACAAAUGUUUUUAGUCAUGUGUGAAUAUCUUUUGGUUAAAAAAAUGGCUGUUAGAAAAUACAUUUAUACAAUAUGUUUUUUAUUUGAGUGGAAGCUUUGUCAAUUGGUCUUGUAUGGUUUUUAACAAUUUGCUGAAGUAGUAAUUACAAGUAUAAAAUAUUACAAAAUUCUUUGUCUGAUGGGUUAUCAAUGUUUUUCUUUAUAUUUCUCUAACAAUAUAUAGGGAAAAUGAAGUGGAGAUCCUCAUAUUGUUUUUUUCUACCAUAUAAUGCAGAUUGUGCUAUACAAAACAUUGGCCAUUUAUUAUUGACCAACCCACAACUGAUAUCUAGACAUUAAAAAAGGUUCACUUGGUCUUUAGCAAGGUCUUAAAUUAUUUGCAAGUCAAUGAGUCCUAUUCGCAAUAUUGUUAUAAAACUGUGUGUUUUGUUUUGGUGAAUCAUGAAAUGUUACUGUUAUAUUCAAAGUAUGCCUUACCACAGAAGAUAUAUAUUAAAUUACAUUUCACAUCUGUA